AUGGACGCCGCCGCCGUCGCGGCCCUCGACAAGGAGUACGCCCAGAUGGCUGGGGAAGGAUCCGCUGCAACAGUUCGUGCCCUGGAGAAGGAGGUCCAGGAACUCGAGACCGAGGUGAAUAAGCUCACCUCGGGCCCCUCGCGGCGGCAAGCAUUGGAAUCAGAGAAGGAGGUCAUCAUUGUCAAUGCUCAAAAGUAUGAGGCAGUGGCAGAGACCUGGAAAACUAAGCUCAACGAAAGUGAACAGGCGCUUGGGGAUUUGGAGAAGGAGUUGGAGGCAAAAGUGUCCGACGUCAAGGCCACUACUGCUGAAAAUCGGGAUCUGUUGGGACAAGUCGGUGCUCAGCCCCUCAAUGUGAGUGAUGUUAAGAGGAUGCACAGGGAGAUGAAGGUGGUUGAAGAUGACACUGCCAGCGCCGAGAAGGGGACAUCGGCACUGGAGGAAAAGGACUGGGAACUCGAAACCAAGUUGGUUACCAAGCUUGAUGACCUUGAGAGGCUUGCUGAGCAGUGCAACCAGGCCCACAAAAGGUUGAAAUCUGGUAUUGAUAUUCAGUACAUGAUACAUGCAAAAGGAUCUUCUCCUGCUGAGAUGCUAGGUACUUACAAAACAGUACUGAAACAAGGACACAAGGACUGGUGGCUCACGCUGACGAGAACAAAAGGAUCCGUCUCUCAAAUCUUGAAGAAGCAUGAAACUUAUGGUGAAAUAUCGGAGAAGAGGCACCAAGAUGCAAGACUCAAAGCUGAUAAAGAAACUCAGGCAGUUGCUAAUGCGCUGCGGGAGCUUGUUGAUUCCAUGGCUGAACAUAAAGGGUUCAUGGGAACAAUAAUUGCUCAGAGGAGGAAGGACCUCCAUGAAGCUGAAGAUUAUAUAGCGUCUUUGGCAUCUAG